AGGAAACUUAUAAUUUUGAUGAAAAAAGGUGUAGAAAAUGAUGAUUUUCUGAAGAUCAAAAAGUUAUAUUGAUUUCGUCAAAAGAAAACACAAUGUCGUCAACAGGGAUAUCUAAAUAUAAUACAGUGAAGACAAAGGUUAAGGGAUGUCUUUUCAGCAGUACUUUUAUCCCGGAAAGCUUUCGCGGGACAAUGAUCGGCAUUAUUAUAACUGUGACAAUGGGUGAAGUAGUUGCCUACAGACUACUCAAACAGAACAUUAAAGCUGGCGAUCUGCCUCAUUAUCUACCUGAUUUUUUGAUACUUCUGCUGGCGUUGCUGGAGGCGCUGUUGUCGCCAUUUAUCGGCUGGUUGGGCAGUAGCCGGCGGCGUGGCGUGGUGGUUACAAUUUGUCUCGUCUCCAGCGCUAGUGCUCUGAUGUUGUUUGCUCUGCCUAAAGUAGCUCUGCCUGAAAGUGUUGGAUAUUGUAAUGACAAUAACACGACUCCAGAAUUCGGACUAACUCCCAGUACUCCGUUCAGAUUGUCCCUCAUUCUCUACACAUUUAUAGUUUUUGGUAUUACAAGAGUUAUUAUAAUUUGCCACGGUAUUAUUUACAUGGACAAUCGUGCACCUGCUAGAUUAAGCAUGCAUUUUGGUGUUCUUUCAACUUAUCGUCUCAUGAGUCUCGUUGUCGCUUACAACGUUUUUACACCUACCGUGGAGACCAACUUGACUGUACAAAUUUUACUGAUUGCCGUCAGUAUGGCGCUCAGUGGUCUCCAGAUCUACGUGAGCACUCCAAAACCCAAAGAGGAGGAGGAAGAACCCAAAAUCAUCAUGAAUGAUAAAAGUGAGACUUCGCCUUUCGUUCCUAAGGUCGUCAAUACUACGUCAAGUUUAGGAUUUGGUUUUGCUUCGAGUGUAUAUAGGGUGUUUUCCAACAUGUUGGUAACGACGCAGAUGGUCGCUAUGGGGCUGAUAGCGGCUGCAGUCUGGGGCUUUGCUUACUACCAGACUGACUAUCUCAGGGCAAAAUUCUAUUUACAUUUGGAUAGAAAUGGUGCAUUCAAUAAUGCUGAAAUGUUACGAUACCACGCUGUGGUACUCGCGGUAGCGUAUAAGGGCUUGAGGUUUACGCCACCAUUGAUGCCGAGUGUCAUCAGGCUCGACGUUCUAAAGCAUACAGCUACAAUGUAUUUAUUCUCCAUCAUCGCAUACGUUGCGUUAACGCUUGCGACCAACUGCAACACCGGCAGCUUGGCUGGACUCCAGGGUAACCACUACAUGCAACCACAGUGCAGUCAGACUUGCGGAUGUGCUCCGCAGUGGCAGGAGUUUGCACCAGUGUGCGUGGCCGAUCAGAUGACGACUUAUGUCUCACCUUGUCACGCUGGUUGCUCCGGCGUAGAAGAAGUGGACGGUUUGCAUGCUGUGUUACCUUACAGAGUAUUCACCAACUGCACUUGUACAGCAUCCCAUCACGCAAUCAAAGGGCCCUGCAGUACUGACUCCUGUACCGGAGCUUACCAGUUCCAUCAAAUGCUAUUCGCAAUGCUACUAUCUUUUGCUGCUUUGUCUUUCCAAGCGCAAGGCACUUUGCUUCUGCGCGUUGUGGAGCCGCGCGAUAAAUCAGUUUUGCUCGGGCUGGCCGGCGCCUUCAUAGCUUUGUUCGCAUUUGUCUUUGGACAUCUUAUAUUUAUUAGAAUAAGCGAUACGAAUUGUAUCUUGUGGCAAGGUGGUAGAUGUCAUCUGCACAGCAAGCAGCAUCCGUACGCGAUGACCAUCGCCAGCGGCAGCAUGGUGGUCUUCGCCUUCAUCAUCACCGUUACUACCAUCGUCUGCAUCAAGCUGGCUGACCGGCGGCGCGCUAAUACUGCUCAAGUCGAGCUCAUCAGCGAAUCACAAAUAACGAGAUAGUAAUCAAAGACUCAUUAAAUGUACUUUCAGUUAGGUUGUUAAGUUACUGCAUUCAGACUCAUUACGUGGUCUCCCUCAGCGUAUUUAAUAUAAAAACUACACCACCACUGCUCUUGAGACUCCCAAGGGAAGUGUUUCCGUCCAUGUAUGGCAGAGGGCUUUCAAGAGUAGAGUGAAUAGGCACUUACAAAACUAACGCAUACAAUCUUUCGGUUAUUGUUCAAGAGCUAGUUAAUUCAUAAAAAGCGUAUGAUUACUCGAUUGACUUUUAAUGCGUCAGAUGAUAC